ACUCGGUGGUGGACCAGAUGAUGCCAAGGAGAUCAUGCGACACAGUUACUUCAGCACGGUGGACUGGCAGGACGUCUAUGAUAAGAAGCUGGUCCCACCGUUCCAGCCUCAGGUGAGCUCAGAGACGGACACGCGCUACUUUGACGAGGAGUUCACAGCACAGACCAUCACCAUCACUCCGCCAGAGAAAUACGACGAGGACGGGAUGGACGCGGCGGACAACGAGCGAAGGCCACAUUUCCCGCAGUUCUCGUACUCGGCCAGCGGGCGGGAGUGAGCGAGCGCUCCGGCCCGGCUCGGCUGUGUCGUCCCCAUUCGUGGCCAUUUUGAGGAAAACACGUAGCCAUUUUAGGAAGAGAAAAGCGAAGCAGUGUCCCCUCUCUGGUCCUCUCUCUCUCGCUCUGAGACGUUACAGAGGUUUUUGCACAGUGGGAUCGACUCACGCCGUCGCCCCACACUAAAAAAAAAAAGUCUCCUACAUUUUCAGUGAAUUUACUGCAGAAGGCAAUGUUUUUGUUAUUUAUUCUUUUCUCUGUCAGUAUUACGUUGUCGACCCAGGUUUCUUCACCUCUUUCUUCUUCUUCAUUUGACUUUUUUGCACUUGGUUUGUAACGAGCCGUUUUAGGGAACAAAAAACCAAAAAUGUUGCCUUACCUGUGCAGACGUUUCGUAUCAUAGUGACAGGGUGAUUUUUCCGGGG